AUGCGUGCUUCCGGCAAUCUCUGGGAAAGCGAGCUGGUGGCCGGCGUGGCGUUUCGACCACAGAAGUGCAGGCCUUCCCAGAGUCGCUUCCAUGACAGCACCUUUGCUGCAGAGGACGGUACUCGAAUUGCCUACAGGCUCUACAGAAGAGCAGACGCGGAGGAGGGCCGGCUCCUUGCGCUGUGCUACUUCCACGCCAAUGCUGAGUUGUGCACGGACCUGGAGGGAGAGGUGAAGAACUUCUUCGAUUGCGGUUUUGCCCUGAUCCUGUGUCCCGAGUUUCGCGGCUACGCCUGGAGUGACGGGAAGCCAAGCUUGAAGCACCUCUACUCUGAUUGCGAGGCUUUCAUGCAGGCACUGCCCUCCAUCCUGGAGGUGGCAGGUGUCCAGGCUGAUGUGCAGCUCAUCCUGCACGGACGCAGCUUGGGAUCUGCAUGCGCCAUUCAUCUGGCCUCUCUGCAGGAUGAAAGGGUCGGUGGCCUUGUCGUGGAGUCCGGCGUCAUGGACCUCCUGGCAUUGCCUAUGGUCCUGCAGAUCGGCAUGAUGAUGCCGCAAGUGCUGCAGGUCUUCUGCCCAGCCCAGUUGAGGCGUGGGGCGGCGGAUGUUGGGGAGAUUCGGCAGGUGGGGGUCUCUGCUCAUGGCUUCAGCUCCACAGCUCGUGGGAACUGUCAGAGUCAGAGCACCGCUUUAAAGUCACCACGGCAGGGCAUGAACGACCGCAGCUUCCGCCUCGGCUCUGCAGGCGAUGCCGGGCUGCUGGGCAAGGCGCUGAUAGCGGGUGGGCUGCUCUGCCUCAAGGGCAGCGUCCCCACCUUCGCCGUUUUUCCUGCGCAUCCAGCAGUCGUACCGAAGGGACAAGUUUCUGGUGCGCCUGCCUCCACGACCCAGAGAGCAGCAAGCGGUGCAAGCGGCACAGGUGCUGGCGUUGGCUUCCUCAGCCUUCGCUCGCUUAGCUUGGCCGGUGUUUCCCUGGCGAUCUUCCGAAGAACAGGUUGCAGAGCUACUACAGCUCGCCGUGCGGAGCCAGACGCCAGGAGACCAGCGAAAGAGGAGGAGGUUCGGGAGGAGCGGGGGUGCCGGUGCGAGCACUUACGGCAACCGUAUCUUGAGAUGACGGUUGGACUUUGCAGUUGGUUCAAGAGCAGCAACAGGCAAGGCAACGCCAAGUUCUUCAUUUACAAAGUGCAUAAAGGACACCAUAUAAGGAUGAGUGUGGAGCACUCUGUUGUUUCCAUGCAGAGCAGGGGUAUGCACCGAUGCAGCUUGAGCAAGCCGCCACCCGGUCCAUCGGAGAGCUUCGUGUAG